AUGUUGAGGGCAUUGCUUCUUCUUGCUGGCUUCCUCCUGUUGAGAGUUGAAGGACAACAACCUAAUAACCUGCCUAGUAAUGCUAGACAAGAAAUACAAUUAACUACUGAAUCAAUAAUAGAACUACCAACUGUGGAUCUAUUUUCCUCUACUUGCACAGAAGUGAUAAGUACUUCAUUUCCUACAUCUGCAUCGAGCAAUGAAUGCAUAAACACAUCAGCUUUAUACAUAUCCCCACUACUGGGUAUCUCUUUAUUUAUCAACUUGAUAUUGGCAUGUGUGGUGAUUGGGAUGUGCUGUAAGAAGAAGAUAGUUUAUACUGUCAAAUCCAUCAAAUUAAAGAAUAAUGUAGAACAUGACUAUGCUGUCCUAGAGCCCCCAGUAGUUCAAAAUCCACAAGAUGUUAUAUAUGAAUCACCUUUGGACUUGUCAUCAAUUGAACCUCCACAGAACAACUACAACACUGUAGAAACAGAGCAAGAAAAUCAAUAAAAAUUACUUAAAUUAGCCUCAUCUCCACAAACAGGCAUAUAUAAUUUGCAAGUAGUUAGUAUCAGUGGAAUACGUGUGUGUGUCUCUGUGUGUCAUGCAUGUCAUGCAGUGUUAUUUCAUUAUAGAGUGUAUAAUCAUUUUCAAGUAAUUUUGCUUGCAUCAGAUUCUUUUCCUAUUCCUCCUGCAACAGAGCUGCCCUAAAUCUAAACUGUAGUGCUCUUUUGGGAAGUACCUUUGUAUUAUAAUAAAUUUAUUUAUUCAUGCUAUAAUAAACUAUCAGUUUAUGAUGAGUCAAUGCUGUAAUGGUCACAAGACAGUUCAUGUUUUGGCAUUAGAACAAACGACUAUUAUCAAACUGAAUGUACAGGUUUUGUAAAGGAAGCAUAAGCUGGCAUUGCAUGCUUUCUUAAUGGGGUAAAUUAAGUUUAAUCAUGUGAGAUAACAAUUAAGAAACACACUUUAUAUACUAAACAUGAAAUUGAAUAUUGUUGACUGUUCAUUUCUGUGCAUAUUUUGUUAAGAUGAUGAGGGCAUUGCUUCUUCUUGCUGGCUUCCUCCUGUUGAGAGUUGAAGGACAAGAACCUAAAAACCUGCCUAGUAAUGGUGUUCGACUGUAUCUACCUUAUGAGGACAGGAUAAUACCUGAUUACUCUAUGAUAUAUGUUAGCCAGUUUUAUAAUACUAAUAAAAAUAAUGACCCUGACUAUAUCAAUGAUGCUUUGUGGUGUCAGAGUGCUAACAAAGGCAAUAAUAUUGGAGUGUGGUAUUAUCCUGAUGGAAUUGAAGUACCUCUAUUUGAUAAAUCCUUUGUUGAUCCAUCAGCUCCUAGUCCAUUGUUCAGUAAGAGAUUCAGUGGUCAGAUUGCACUAGCUAGAAGAGGUGGACUAUCAGGAUAUGAAGGUUUAUACAAGUGU